CACUGCAGAGAUCAAACUGAAACCAGACUUGGAACAAUCAUGUUCAAACAAAUAUUCGUGGUCCUCGCAAUUUGCGCUACCUUCGGUUUUGCCGAACUCGAACAAGUGUUCGAUCGUCAAGGUCAAGAGUUCUAUUUGAUCCCAGCCGAAGAAUACAACUUAGUACGUCACAGGAGAAGAGCUGAACGUAUUCCAACUGAUCACAAUAUUAGAGGAAAGUUGUACGGCAGGGACGAUCCCAAUUACGGUGAAGUUUAUGGGGGAAGGGCGACUUACACACACAGGCCUUCCGAUAGUCAAUUUAGCGUUGGGGGUGAAAGAAGGCAAAGGGGAGGCAGCAAAAUUGACGCUAAGGGACAGUACAACUUCUUUGAGACCAAUGAUGGUAGAGGAACGAUCGGUAUCGGUGGACAAGUUUCCAGGACAAAUGACGGUCGCGGACAUCAUCGUACCGAUUAUGGAGCUCUCCUUGAAGGAGAAUACAGAUUCUAAUUUAUACUUGUAGUCAAAUCU